AUGUCUGCCACUUCGACUACCAGAAAUCCUCCGUUCCAAACAGUUUCCAGAGGAUGGUCCGGUCCUGAUGGCUGGGCUGUUGUAGCAGGUGAAUAUAUUCCGCGGGUGCUUCCCAAGGCUAGUAAUCUGUCACCGUUUGGCGACAUCACCAAUGGUCCACCCAGUCCAGGCGACUUCGGGGCUGACACAAAGGAUAGCGAGCGGAUGGCACUUUCGCAGACACGCUCGAGCUCAAAUAUGCUCAACGAGAACCAUGAAACCGCCCCCGAGGCGUCCACAAAUCCCAGUCGUUCGUCGAUGCCGAAGGACUCAGUACAUGCAUCGCCGUAG